AUGAUGGCACCGGCCGUGAUCCUGCUUCUGGGCUGGAUGCUGGUGCCGCUGACGAUGACACUGUUCUUCUCGUUCAAGCGAUAUCUUCCGCUGCGCGGCGACUCCCUCGAGCGGGGUCUCGACUGGGUCGGUUUCGAGAACUAUGCACGGUUCCUGAGUUCGAGUUCCUUCUGGCCCAGCGUCCAGGCGACGCUGGUCAUCGUCGGCGGCGUGCUCGUGGUUACCGUCGUGCUCGGCGUUCUGCUCGCUUUGCUGCUGGAUCAGCCAUUCUGGGGUCAGGGGAUCGUCCGCAUCCUGGUGAUCGCGCCUUUCUUCGUGAUGCCGACCGUGUCCGCGCUGGUCUGGAAGAACAUGUUCAUGGAUCCGGUCAACGGGAUUCUUGCACAUCUGUGGCGCUUCUUCGGCGCCGAACCGGUGUCGUGGCUUUCCGAUGCCUCGGUCCAGUCGAUCAUCCUGAUCGUGUCCUGGCAGUGGCUGCCGUUCGCGACGCUCAUUCUGCUGACCGCGGUUCAAUCGCUCGACAGCGAACAGCUCGAGGCGGCCGAGAUGGAUGGCGCGCCGGCGUUCGCGCGGUUCGGUUUCAUCAUCCUGCCGCAUCUGGCGCGGGCGAUCACCAUCGUGAUCCUGAUCCAGACGAUCUUCCUGUUGUCGAUCUUCGCGGAAAUCUUCGUGACGACCGGCGGGUCCUUCGGCACACGGACGCUCACCUAUCUGAUCUUCCAGCGCGUCGUCGACAGUCAGAACAUCGGCCUUGGUUCGGCCGGCGGCGUCUACGCCAUCAUCCUCGCCAACAUCAUCGCCAUCUUCCUGAUGCGCAUCGUCGGCAAGAACCUCGUCAUCACAACCGCCGUCGCAUGGGCGAUCGGACUGCUGAUCUUCUUCCCGAUCUACUGGACGAUCCUGACCAGCUUCAAGACGGAAGCCCAGGCGAUCAACGACCCGCCGCUGUUCUUCUUCUUCGACUGGACGCUGGAAAACUACGCCAUCGUGCAGGAGCGGUCGGACUAUAUGCGCUUCUUGUGGAACUCGGUAAUCCUUGCCGGCGGGUCCACGCUUCUGGGCAUUCUCGUCGCGGUGCCGGCGGCCUGGUCGAUGGCCUUCGUGCCGUCCAAGCGCACCAAGGACAUCCUGCUCUGGAUGCUGUCGACCAAGAUGCUGCCCGCAGUCGGCGUGCUCUAUCCGAUCUCCCUCAUCUUCGUGCAGUUCAACCUGCUCGACACGCGCAUCGGCCUUGUCGUGGUGCUGAUGCUGAUCAACCUGCCGAUCAUCGUCUGGAUGCUCUACACCUACUUCAAGGAAAUCCCGGUCGAGAUCCUCGAGGCGGCGCGGAUGGACGGGGCGUCGCUGCGCGAAGAGAUCCUCUACAUCCUGACGCCGAUGGCCGUUCCGGGCAUCGCCUCGACCAUCCUUUUGAACUUCAUCCUCGCCUGGAACGAGGCCUUUUGGACCCUCAACCUGACCGCGGCCAAAGCCGGGCCGCUGACGGCCUUCAUCGCCAGCUAUUCCAGCCCCGAGGGUCUGUUCUUCGCCAAGCUCAGCGCCGCCUCGACCAUGGCGAUCGCGCCGAUCCUGGUGAAGAAGAGGUUCGGUGAUGUCACCGUCAUCCCGGAGCUGGACCUCGAAAUCGAGGACGGGGAGUUUGUCGUUUUUGUCGGCCCUUCAGGCUGCGGCAAGUCGACCCUGUUGCGCCUGAUCGCCGGACUCGAAGACGUGACCGACGGCAAGAUCGUCAUCGACGGCACCGACGCGACCGAGGUGCCGCCCGCCAGGCGGGGCUUGGCCAUGGUGUUCCAGUCCUAUGCGCUUUAUCCGCAUAUGAGCGUGCGCAAGAACAUCGCAUUCCCGCUGCGCAUGGCCCGGCUCGCCCCCGCCGAACAGAAGCGCCGCGUGGAGCAGGCGGCCGAGGUGCUCAACCUGACGGACUAUCUCGACCGCCGGCCGGGCCAGCUCUCCGGCGGUCAGCGCCAGCGUGUCGCGAUCGGCCGCGCGAUCGUGCGGGAGCCGUCCGCAUUUCUGUUUGACGAGCCGCUGUCGAACCUCGAUGCCGCGCUGCGCGUUGGCAUGCGGCUGGAAAUCUCCGAACUGCACAAGCGCCUGAAGACCACGAUGAUCUAUGUCACCCACGAUCAGGUGGAGGCGAUGACCAUGGCCGACAAGAUCGUCGUUCUGCAGGCCGGCGUGAUCGAACAGGUGGGAUCGCCGCUCGAGCUCUACCGGCGUCCACGCAACACGUUUGUCGCCGGCUUCAUCGGCUCGCCGAAGAUGAACCUCAUCUGCGGGCCGGAAGCGGCCAAGCACGACGCCGCCACGAUCGGCAUCCGGCCCGAGCACAUCGACAUCUCGGAGACCGAUGGGGCGUGGAAGGGCACGAUCGGCGUGUCGGAACACCUCGGAUCCGACACGUUUUUUCAUGUGCAGUGUGACGGCUUGGCCGAGCCGUUGACGGUGCGGGCGCCUGGCGAGCGGGCCCUGAGUUACGGGGCGGAUCGACUGAUGCGCCUUGAGGGGAAGACUGCGCUGAUCACCGGCGCAGCGCGGGGGAUCGGUCUUGCACUUGCCGAAGCCUAUGCGCGCGAAGGGGCGCGGGUGGCGAUCGCCGACAUCGACAUCGGGCGCGCACGUUCCUCCGCUCAAGCAUUGGGCGAUGCGGCAGUGGCAAUCGAAAUGGAUGUCACGCGGCAGGACAGCAUCGACACGGCCGUCGCCGAAACCGUGGCCGCACUCGGCCGCAUCGACAUCCUGAUCAACAACGCCGCCGUCUUCACCGCCGCGCCGAUCGUCGAGAUCACCCGCGAGGACUAUGCGCGCGCCUUCGACAUCAACGUGGCCGGGACGCUGUUCACGCUGCAGGCGGUCGCACGGCACAUGAUCGAAGGCGGCGCAGGCGGCAAGAUCAUCAAUAUGGCCAGCCAGGCCGGCCGCCGGGGCGAGCCGCUCGUCGCCGUCUAUUGCGCGACGAAGGCCGCGGUCAUCAGCCUGACCCAGUCGGCCGCGCUCAACCUGAUCCGGCACGGGAUCAAUGUGAACGCCAUCGCGCCUGGUGUGGUGGAUGGCGAGCAUUGGGAUGGCGUCGAUGCGUUUUUUUCCAGGUAUGAGAACAAGCCGCUUGGCCAGAAGAAGAAGGAAGUCGGCGAAGCGGUUCCCUUUGGCCGGAUGGGGCGGGCCGACGACCUGACCGGGAUGGCGAUCUUUCUGGCCACGGACGAGGCCGACUACAUCGUCGCCCAGACCUACAAUGCGACACUUGGCCAAUUGCCGGCCUCCGUCGCGCGCCCGCAUUACGACCGGGGCGCGCUCCGCCCCGGCAUCGUCCACAUCGGCGUCGGGAAUUUUCACCGGGCGCAUCAGGCCUGGUAUCUGCACCGGCUGAUGCAGCAGGGCGAAGCGCUCGAUUGGGCGAUCAUCGGCGCGGGGGUUCGGCCCUAUGACGCGCAGAUGCGCGAGAAACUGCUGGCGCAGGACUGUCUGACGACGCUGAUCGAGCUCGAUCCGUCGGGGAAAUCGGCGGAAGUCAUCGGACCGAUGAUCGAUUAUCUGCCGAUCGAGGACGGCAACGGGCCGCUCAUCGAUCAACUGGCCGAUCCGGGCAUCCGCAUCGUCGCUUUGACCGUCACCGAAGGCGGCUACUACAUCGACCCGGUCAGCCAGGGCUUCGAUGCCGGCCAUCCCGACAUCCGCCAUGACGCAGCCAACCCGGAUCGGCCCCGAACCGCCUUUGGCGCGAUGGUCGCGGCCCUCGCGCGCCGUCGGGCAGCGGGCGACGGCCCGUUCACCGGACUGAGCUGCGACAACCUUCAGGAAAACGGCCGGGUGUUGCGCCGGACCGUCGUGUCAUUGGCCCGCCUGUCCGACCCGGAUCUGGCGGACUGGAUCGACACGCACUGCACAUUUCCGAACUCCAUGGUCGAUUGCAUUGUCCCGGCAACGGGAACGCAGGAGAUCGCGCUGGUCCAAGCGUUCGGUAUCGAGGACGACGCACCGGUGACCCACGAAGAUUUCCGCCAGUGGGUGGUGGAGGACGACUUCUGCGCCGGCCGGCCCGAUCUGCAUCGCGUCGGGGUGACCUUUUCGGACGAUGUGCACGCCUACGAGACGAUGAAACUGCGCAUUCUCAAUGCGGGGCAUCAGGUGAUCGCCAACGCCGGCGAGAUCCUGGCAAUCGGAACGAUCGCCGAAUGCAUGGCCCACCCCCUGGUUUCGUCGCUGUUCCACAAGGUCCAGCGAGAGGAGAUCGCCCCCCACGUGGCCGCCGUUCCCAACAUGACGCCCGCGGCCUACAUCGAUUUGGUCGAGCGGCGCUUCAGCAACACGGCCGUCGUCGACACGACCCGGCGUGUCGCGUUCGAUGGGUCGUCGCGGCACACCGGCUUUGUCCUGCCGAUCGUCCGCGAUGCCCUCGCCGCAGGCGCGCCGAUUGAGGGCUUGGCGUUGGUCGAGGCCCUCUGGGCCCGCAUGUGUGACGGCACGCGUGAGGACGGCUCGGCGAUCGCGCCCAACGAUCCGUUCUGGGACGAACUUGUCGGUGCCGCCAGGGCUGCCAGGGACCGGCCGACGGCAUGGCUCGAACAGCGGCAGUUCUACGGCGAUCUGGCUGGCAAUGAAGGCUUACGCGAGAGCUUUGCCCGGUGGCUCGGCCUGAUCUGGUCGGACGGGUGUGAAGCGGCGCUUGAGUGCUACGUCGGACACGCCUCCGUGACUUCGGGGCGCGCGGGCACGGGCCCGCCGGCGCAACUUGUGGAGCGCAUCGCCGCCCUGCCCUUGAAGGGACGGCGUCGGCUGGUGGCUAUCGCCGGCGCGCCGGCAAGCGGCAAGUCGACCCUGGCCGCGGCACUCACGGAACACCUGGCGCAGGCCGGCCACACAAGUGCGAACGUCCCGAUGGACGGUUUUCACCUCGACAACCGCCUAUUGGACGAGGCCGGUCUGCGCGCCCGCAAGGGCGCGCCCGAGACAUUCGAUGCGGGCGGGUUCGUCGCAAUGAUGCGCCGCCUGAAGUCCGAGGAAGAGGUCUGCUUUCCGCUGUUCGACCGUGGCCGGGAUCUGGCGGUGGCGGGAGCGGGCAGGGUGGGGCCCGACUGCGAUCUGGCGAUUGUCGAAGGCAACUAUCUGCUGUUCGACGAACCGCCAUGGAAUGCGCUUGCCCCGCUGUGGGAUCUGUCGAUCUGGAUCGAUACACCCGAGGAACUGGUGCUUAAGCGCACCGUCGAACGUUGGCUGGCGCAUGAUCACACGCCCGAGGCGGCACGCGCCCGGGCCGAGGGCAACGACCUCGCAAACGCGCGCCGGGUCGUCAGCGGGCGGCUGCCGUCGGACGUAACCGUUGCAGUGCCUCCGGACGCCGGGGGGCUCUGA